AUGACACAAGACUAUAUAUUCCCAAUCGAUAAAUUAGAUCAAGAAUGGAUGACAGAUACAAAGAACAAGGAUAUUCAACCAGUUGUUUUACUAGCAUGUGGAUCAUUCAAUCCAAUCACAUUUAUGCAUUUAAGAAUGUUUGAGAUUUGUAAAGAUUGGUGUAAUAAUCAUACAGGAGACAAUGGAAAGAAAUAUCAUGUGAUAGGAGGAUACAUGUCACCUGUUGGUGAUGCCUACAAGAAAGCAACAUUGAUUGCAGCACACUAUAGAUUGCAGAUUGUUAAUUUAGCUGUCAUGUCAUCGGAAUGGGUCAUGAUGGACAAGUGGGAGUCUAUGAACCUAGAUUUCACGCCGACAAGACAGGUUCUCGAUCACUUUCAUCUCUAUGUAAAUAAUCAUUUCAAACAAAUUAUGGAUCCUGCUUCCUAUAGACCUGUUCAAAUUAAGUUGAUAUGUGGUGCCGAUUUAUUGGCAUCUUUUAAUGUACCAAAUCUUUGGGAUGAAGAAGAUAUGAAAAUCAUAACAUCAGAUAAAUAUGGUAUUAUUUGUAUUGAAAGACCAGGAACCAAUUUCCAAGAGAUUUUAGAUGCCAAUCCUAUUUUACAAGCCAACAAGAAUAAUAUUUAUCAUGUUCCCGUUGGUAUAACAAAUGAUCUUUCAUCGACAAAGAUUAGAGAUAUGAUAUCAAAGGGUUUAUCAAUUAAUUAUCUCACCGAAGCUCCUGUCAUUGACUACAUUCACAAGAAUAAUUUAUAUGGUUAUCAAAAGAAAUAA